AUUUUGUUCAAAUAUAUAUUUUUAACAUAAUAUGCAUCUGCUCACCAGCUGGCUAAUGCAGGUUAGGUGAUCCUCAGAUCAGUGUAGGUUUCCCCCGAAGAGUGGUGAGGGCAUUGGAGAUGACCUCCAAAAUGUCUCCUAUGGCAGCAUGUGGAUAUGCAGGUGACAUGGUAUGGUGACAAUGACUGUGACAUCACUGGCCCUGGGCAAGUACAGCAACCAGUAUGGCAAGAGGUGGGAGGCCGGGGGUGUUAUUGGCACAGAUAUUGACUCAGACUAUGGCAGUGUUGAGUUUUAUCACAAUAGCCAGUCAAUGGAUAAAAAGUAUAAAAGGUGCAUGAGUGAGUUUGAUACUGUGGACAAAUGCAGAAGGUGGCACCCUGCAGUCUCAUUCACAUUGGAACAAGAACUGGCGUUUUUGGGGACUGUGGCCAACAGCAGCAUUUUAUCUUUGAUGUCAGUUUUGCAUUUGUUGUUCUGAGCGGGAAAUGUUUGUUUAUUGAGUCAACAUGCCCACUGCAAUCUUGUGUGCGACAUCAAUUAUUAUAAUGUCAC